AUGGAGCGAACUGUUGUUGCUCAACUCACCACUCCUGCCAUGGUCUGAGAGAAUUGAUUAAUUAGUAGUCAUCGAUAUGCCCAGAAAAAAGUGAGGUUAUUCCUCACAUGGCAGGGCAGUGGAAAAUAACUUACCCGACGAUUACAUGAAUGGAAUAAACUUAAGUCCUCGGCUUCAGCGGAACAGGUUAGAAUGGACACGAAGAAGAAACCCGUUAGCUAACUUAGCACAGUAGUCCGUUUCAAUGAAACUUUGAGCUAGCGGCGAGGUAACGUUCGUUAAUGUAUUUUUUUUUAUUUUUUUUAGUAUAUAUAUGUUUUAACAUUUUAGCAUUACAUUUUCUUUUACCAGUAGCCUAUUUAGCUAUCCUCCCACAACUAUUUUCAAAACAAAGAGGGGUGAAGGGUGAGCUGUAACCAUGGAGGCUGCAUUUCACCCUUUCUUCACCACAACUGGCCAGCUGCCCUGGUUGCUUCUGACUGUGUUUACAUCGUGGACAGCCUUUUGUUCUGCAGAUAUAAAGCAGACAAGAAGGCCAUUAUAUACCCAGAAGCCAGUUCUUCUUGCCUGGAAUGCCCCAACACAGGAGUGUGAACCACGACAUAGAGUAACCUUAUCUUUGAGCCAGUUUGACAUUGUAGCGACACCCAAUGAGGGCUUUGUGGGGCAAAACCUUACAAUCUUCUAUAAGGAACGUCUUGGGUUGUAUCCCUACUAUAAGCAUGAUGGCAGUGCGGUGAAUGGAGGCCUUCCACAACUUGUCAGCCUCACUGAGCACUCAAAAAAGAUGCCUGAAGGCCUUAAAAAAUACAUAAAAGUGCCAGGGGCAAAAGGUUUGGCUGUUAUUGACUGGGAGGAGUGGCGUCCUAUAUGGGUCAGAAAUUGGGAUGCUAAACUUAUCUAUCGAAAUAAAUCCUGUGCAAUGAUAGCCAAAAAGAACCCUACAUGGACCUCAAAACAAGUGGAGAAAGUUGCAGAACAAGAAUUUGAGCUAUCGGCUCAAAGAUUCAUGCAGGAGACUUUGAAACUGGCCAAGAAUAUGAGGCCCAAUCAGCUGUGGGGCUUCUACCUGUUUCCAGAUUGUUACAACCAUGACUACAAGAAUGGUCUGCAAAACUACACAGGCCACUGUCCUCCUGUGGAGGUGGACCGCAAUAACAAUCUCAGCUGGUUGUGGAUGGAAUGUACAGCACUUUUCCCGUCAGUAUACAUGGAACCUGUGCUGCGCUCAACAAGCCAAGGACGCCUUUUUGUCCGGAACAGGGUGAAGGAGGCAAUGCGCCUGGCAUCUGUUGGGGAUGGAUUAGCACGUCCUGUUUAUGUUUACACCCGACCCACCUAUAUCAGUCAAACAACUCUCCUAACUGAGACAGAUUUGGUCUCCACAAUCGGUGAGAGUGUUGCACUUGGAGCUGCAGGUGUAAUCUUCUGGGGCGACACCUCUCAUGCAAGCAGCAGUGCCAACUGCUCAACCCUAAAUGAUUAUCUUAAGGGACCGCUGGGCCGGUACCUGCUCAAUGUGUCCACAGCAGCAGAGCACUGCAGUCGUGUGCUAUGUAAUUUCAGCGGUCGCUGUCUUCGCAGAAUAGCAGACAGUGAUAUAUAUCUGCAUCUCAGCCCUUCAAUACACAAGAUAACUAGUCAGAGUGGCCAGCUCAAGGUUACAGGAACGCUCAGCCAAACUGAGAAGACUUUUUUCCGCAAGCACUUCCAGUGCCAGUGCUACAGUGGGUACAGGGGUGAUAACUGUACUUUGAAAGAAAAAGAGCCCAAUAGAGCCUCCUCUGUAUUAGGGACUUGGCCUCUUUGCCUUUUACUUCCGCUCGGACUCCUUACUCUUCUGCAUUGAGGAAACGAAGACUAACUAUUUACUGUUUCAGCGAGCCUAGAAGUGGACAGUUUAGACUUUUAUGGAUAAAUAUGGAAAUUAUAUUGAUGCAUUGACAGUACCAAGUAAUCUGAGACCUCCCAAAGCUGCAGGUUUUUUUCCUGGCAUGCAGACCAAUGGAACAUAAAUAUCUGUGGGUAGCAAGUUGCAGCAUGAGAUCUCUAAUUUUCAAACAAUGGGCUGAAAUUGUCCUACCACCAAGAUUACCUUGUAGAAAAUCAUAUCUAAAAUCAGUCUUUUCUCAAGGUAAUCACCAGAUAAAUGGAUGUUGAAUAGCUUUACAGGACCUUAAUGUAAAUGUUUCACCAUCUCCAUAGUGAAGAGAUGCCAAAGAUAUCUAUUUUUGAAAGCUUUUUUUUAUGAUUGGUGUAACAUCAGAACAACAACACAUGGCUUAAAGUAGAAAAAGUGGAUAAAAGGGAACAGACGCACAUAUAUUUACAGGUUAUUGGUGCCUCACGGCAAAACAGACACUAUAUUAUAAUAGUAUUAUAUAGUAUGAAUAUCGAGCUCUUAAGUGUCUUAUAAAUGAAAUACAAGCCAGUCUUAAAUUUCUUUUGUAAUUUUUUGCUUAUAGAAACAUCAAGGCUGGACCUGCUCGUUUUCAGUUCAAUAUUGUGCCUUAAAAGGGCUACAACCGGCUCGCUUUUGCAGUUGCCUUUGUUUACAAAAGUCUUUAUGUCCUUGCUUUAUAUUGAUAUAAACUCCAUCAUGGCUAACAAUUUUAUUAUAACCGAACAGUGCAGACCAAAUACAUACAUGCUACAAGGUAUCCAUCAACUGUGAAAACAGGUCAUAAAACAUUAGGAAAUAUAUCACACUGGCAAUUUAAACACAACUUUACACUAUAACUGACUGUGGUUUACACAUUUGCCCAACAAGCCAAAUAGCCCCCCAGUUUGAUCCUGGGAAGACAAAACAGAUCCCUUUACGGUUUCAUCAGGAAGGGCAUCCAGUAAAAAAAAAUCUACCAAGUCAAACAUGUGGAGCUAACGGCUGUGGCGACCCCUGAAAGCAGGGAGCAGCUGAAAGUUCAGUAUAACUGAUUAUAGCUGAUUUCAGCUUGUCUCUGAUGUACUGGAAUAGGCUAUAUGUUCGCUUCAUUCAUAGCUAAAUGUACAGGAUUGUUUUGAAAUUGUUUGCAACUGCCUAACUGAAUAUUAGCUGAAAAAAAUAUUGUGUCAAGGAUCCUGCCGGUGAUACUGUGUUGCACGUUUUAUACAGUAGGUACUAGUUUCAGUAGCUAAAAUGAGUUAUGAAAGAAGCCAGCAGGUGGUUUUUCACAAACACGGUAGUCUCAGAAUUGCACAGCGAGUGUUGAAUUGUGAUGUUAUAUGUACUUAUAUUGCAUAGGUCUUAAAGUUCUGCACUUUACUUUCAUGCAGAGGUGGACUGGGUGUCAUUACAUGUCGUGAGGGACGAAACUGAGUGAAUACUGUCGGUGCAUGGCAGUGUUAUAGUGGCUUUCUGCGUGUAAUGUGUCACAUUAGAAAUACUCUGUUUCACUGUGAAUCUUGCUGAAAAUCAAAGGGUUGCCUCGAUGGUUGUUAUAUCUCUCUCCAUCAGCUUUCAUCUUAUUUUUUUAAGAAGUAUCCAAAAUUUUUAAAGACUUUUUAAAAAAAAUAAAUAAACAUGAUAUUCUUUUACAGCAAAUGUUUCUUAACAUAUUAUUUCAGAUAGUAUGCAAAAAGCGCAACAAUAAAGAUCUUGCACAGUAACACUUGAUUAGCUCGUCUAGAACGAAAAGAACAGUUUCAACUAUUUAACACAGAUUUUGUGAUUCUGUGAUCAGUAAUUAUGUUCAAUAUUAAGAUAUAAAUAAUGUAACUGAAAUGUAUUGGUUAUUGUUUCAAAGCAAAUUAACAAAAUCAAAGUGUUCUGUGUUUAAAACAUUUCAUAUUCAUCUUUUGCAUUAGAGAAUUACAUUAUUAAAAUUUCUUUAUAUAUGA